AUGAAUGUAAACCAUGCUGUUCUGACAACGGUGCUGCAGCGACUUGCUAUUCUUGCAGCUAGAGCUCCUUUCUCGAUUAAAAUCAUGAGCUCUGCUACAGCUGCCGAGCUUGAUGUACGUGCACUAGAGAAGUUGAAGGAUAUUUACGGUGAUCUUGCGCAGGUCCCAACGUUUUCUGCUGGUCGUAUACAGAGCACUGGGAAACUCAUACAGGUUUCAUCAAUAUGGGACAAUCACGCAAUUUCGCUCAACAAGAGCACAAAGACUCAGAGAUCCUCAGUUAUUGAGAAAGUGGAUGGCACUGAAGAACGGCGGCUAAUCUCAACAACUUCUAUGCCAUUAACGACUUUCGAAUCCCAAUCCUUCGCGUAUUCACCAAGUGAUACCAUGGUAGCGCAGCUUAUCACCAUUCCUGAUGGGAAAGAUAAGAAACAAUAUCUCAGGGUUUUCGAUCAAAACGAGCACAUUGAAGUAUUGUGUUCUGAUCUCAGUGGUCAAAAGAAACACGGUCUCAUAUAUGGAAUGGGUGCAGGUUCGUUUUCUGUUGUGCUACUGUCCCUUUUAACUCGCUACUCACGUUACUGUUGCACUAAAAUAUGCCUUUGCACCUCAUCGUCAAUCACGAAUGCAGCCACCACAUUGGACGGCUGGGUCAUACCUCUGCUGGAAAGAGCCUCAUUCAGAGCCACAGCCUAA